AUGAAGGACCUUGUUACCAAGAAACAAGAAGUGAGUUAUGAAUUAGAGGUAGAUCUCUACCUUUACAGUGCUAUUUCUACAAGGACCUUAAUGCAGAAGAGACCGGAUCCAGGUGCAGUCACUAUUCCCUACACAAUUGGAACUAUGGAAUUCACUAAAGAAUUAUGUGAUUUGGGAGAAAGAGUUAAUUUGAUCCCAUUGACUAUUUAUAAAAAGUUGGGUCUGGGGAUUCCCACACAUACCAACAUGAGACUGGUAAUGUCGGACAGGUCAUUAAAGAGACCUGUUGGCAUUCUGUAUGAUGUGUUGGUAAAGGUUUCAAAUUUCAUAUUCCCUACAGACUUUGUCAUUAUGGACUGCGAGGUGGACUUCGAGGUGUCCAUCAUCUUGGGUCGACCUUUUCUUGCAACCGAAAGUGUGUUGAUCAAUUUAAGAGAAAAUGAGCUCUUAUUCAGGGUAAACAAUGAAGUGGUAUGGUUUGAUGUGGGCAAAUCAAUGAAAUAG